GGGCGGGGCUGGUCGGUGGCUGGGCCGGUUGUCACCCGGAGGCCGAGGCCGGCGAGCUGCCCCGGGCAAACCCUGGCGAGGAGCUGACUGGAGUGGCCGCAGGUGGGGGGAGAGAAGCGCCGGCCUCCUCGAUGGAGGGUCCAGCUGAGAAGGAACCGGGGCAGCCCUGAGGACUGUGAGGCCAAGAAUUGCUGAGUACACUGGCUACUGGGGACCCGACUACACAGAUGAUAAAGAGUCCAUAUAAUUUCUCUUCACACUGACAAUGAGAUAAUUAAGGGCUGCCAUGUUACUGCUUUGACAAGCACUUCCUGCUGUCUUCACAGAGAUCACCCUGAAAAAUAAUCUCAAAGGAGCAGCUGUACCCCCAUGCUUCUGUUGAUGGCAUUAGCAUCUAUCAAAUGCUCUUUGUGACCUGGAAGACACCAACUACCCUUUUGUGCUUGGCCUGUUUCACACAACUGAAUGAAGCUUCUUCCAGUUAGUUCCCGAGCUCUGUUGCUUAAACACCUUGUCUUAUUAUUGAGUGAAUCUUCAUGAAGCCCUUUCCUAAACCAGCUUGAAGGGUGGCUUUUUCCUCUCAGAAUCUGUGACAUGGAAGCUUUGGAAGUGGAUGAUAUCAGCCCGGCCUUGGAAGUUACUGAAGAUUUCUUUAGUACUUUUGAUAGUAAAAUCGAAAAGACUGUUCAGCAAGCAGAGGUUUAUGGGAUUCAAGAAGUCCCUGAAUUGGUGGGGCAUGAAGUACUGAGUAACAGAACAGACAAUGGUGCUACCAGAACUGCUGACUCCCUAGGGCAGGGAGGCAUGGUUUGGGACCACUGCAAGGGCAGGAUUUUAGAAACCAAAGCUCAAAAUGUCUUCCCUGCCAAAGAACAGUUUAUGGUCCAGAAAGGGACAACCCCAGAUAAUCUUUCCUGGAUGGAACAAAAGGAAGCAUCAACCUUUAAUUUUUUCAACAUGUGUCAGCGUCGGAGAGACAGACCUCGUUCUGUGAAUGACUUACUGGAUGAGACCUCUACUUUCAAACCAGGGCAUGCUCGAUCAAGGUCAGAUAUUACCCAGAUGGACUGGAGAGUAGUCCUCAAGACCAUGCCUUUACAGCAACAGCAGGAGCAAACAUCUCUUCCAGAACCUCGUUUCACCAGACCUUCUUUUCUCUUGCCCUCACCAAAUAAGGUUGAAGAUGCUCAAGGAAACACUGAACACAAGCAAGCAUUUCCCAACAUUCUGAAGAAGGGUUACUUGGAGAUUCGGAAGAGCCAUGAUAGUUACUGGCAAAGCUGUUAUGCAGAACUUUCACCCUACAACCUCUAUUUCUACAAUCUUGACAGCAGUGGGAAUCAAACCCUCUGUGCCACCUACCAGCUUUCCCACUUCCAGAGUAUAUCUGUUUUGGGUAACCUUGAGGCCAGGCUGGUAGAUACAGUUCUGUAUGACAACACCCAACUGCAGCUAAAGGCAGAGUCACCGUGGGAGGCUCUGGACUGGGGGCAGAAGCUCUGGGAAGUCGUGCACGCCACCACCGUGCCUGGUUACAUGGCACAGCAGGACCAGCUGGCAAACUCACCAGGGCUUGGUCAUCACGCUGACUGUGCACAGAACCACUGUUUACAGAAGAAUUCUAGUGAGCUUCUUGUGCCGUCCCCAGUCUUGGAUAGCCCCAAACAGUACCAAAACAUCCUCAAAUCAGGGACACUCUACAGGCUCACUGUCCAAAAUAACUGGAAAGCAUUUUCAUUUGUGUUGAGCCAGGCCUACCUUAUGGCUUUUCAGCCCGGCAAGCUGGAUGAGGAUCCCCUGCUAAGCUACAAUGUGGAUGUGUGUCUGGCUGUCCAGAUGGACAACCUGGAUGACUGCGACUCUUGCUUUCAAGUCAUUUUCCCACAAGAUGUUCUCCGCCUCCGGGCUGAGACCCGGCAGAGGGCUCAGGAGUGGAUGGAGGCUAUGAAAACAGCUGCCAAUGCAGCAAGGAGCUCAGAGCAAAACUUGCAGGUCACACUGAGGAACAAGCCCAAGGAUCAGAUAGGGGGGCAUGAACUCAGGAAGAGCAAACGUCAGUCUGUGACGACCAGCUUUCUGAGCAUCCUGACAACUUUGUCUUUGGAACGUGGACUCACUGUGCAGAGUUUCAAAUGUGCAGGGUGCCAGCGGUCCAUAGGCCUUUCCAAUGGGAAAGCCAAAGUGUGCAAUUACAGUGGGUGGUAUUACUGCAGCAGCUGCCACGUGGACGACAGUUUUCUCAUCCCUGCGCGCAUAGUCCACAACUGGGACACUUCAAAGUAUAAGGUGUCCAAGCAGGCCAAGGAGUUCCUGGAGUACGUGUAUGAAGAGCCCCUGAUCGACAUCCAGCAGGAGAACCCGAUGCUGUACCUGCAUGCGGAGCCGCUAGCCACAGUAGUGCGGCUGCGCCAGAGGCUGAAAUCGCUGCGGGCCUAUUUGUUCAGCUGCCGGGCUGCGGUGGCUGAGGACCUGCGCCGCAGAAUUUUCCCCAGAGAAUACCUCCUUCAACAGAUCCACCUAUAUUCCCUUGCCGAUCUGCAACAGAAAUCUGAUAUGCAGGUGGAUCCAAGUUAUUGUCUGGGGAGAUGAUGUCACGGUUGGAAAAAGGACCAGGAAACUGGAUCACGGAAGAGCUCCCAAAUAUGGGAAAGGUGUAUAAAUAUUGUUGACUGUAAACCCCACCGAUUUGAUGUAAUCUGGGGCCCAUAUUCAGCUUAGGAGCCUAUGUGACCUCUGCAUCCCUGUAGAUCUGAGCUCCCAUUCUGUGGUCAUGUGUAGGAACAUUUCAAGCUUUCCCAAUAUCAGGAUCCAUCUCUACCAUUGUUGAUCCAGGUUGAGGGCAGGGUCCUAUGGGGGGCCCACAAAGGGGUCUGUUGUGUUGUUCCUGAUAGAGAUGACUGGUAACAAUGGAGAGAGGGAUUUAUUCAAGGUCUAGGCCCAUCUUGUCUGUUUGGGAAUCUCAGGACUCCCGAAAUAGGGCCCCAGCUGAUGGGAUGACCUGAUAGUGACUAAAGAGUCAUUGUUGGGAGUCGAGCGGUAGCGCAGUGGGUUAAGCGCAGGUGGCGCAAAGCACAAGGAUCGGCAUAAGGAUCCCGGUUCAAGCCCCCGGCGCCCCACCUACAGGGGAGUCGCUUCACAGGCGGUGAAGCAGGUCUGCAGGUGUCUCUCUUUCUCUCC